AUGUCGAAAGUCGUACGAUUGACGAUGUUCAAACUCUCGGAUGCCGCUGUCAUUACAGAAACAAUCCAUAGAUAUUCUUCCCUGACUCAGGACGCCCUGAAGGACGGUAAACCGUACAUUAAGCAAGCAACGGCUCAUCAGCCGCACGACGACCCUAGGAGCCAGGGCUACACGCUUGUCGCCCGCACGGUCUUCGACUCGAAAGCGGACAUGGACUACUACGAUAAUGAGUGUGAGGCGCAUGCAGCCAUCAAAUCCUUUGUCAAGCCGAAGGCUGGAGGGCCGCCGCUUGUGGUCUACAUGGACGCAUGA